AUGGCGAACCGAGUUCGGGGACGUGAAACGGUGUUCAGAGUCGCGGGCAUCCCCCCGGGAGCCACGGAAGGCGACGCUGCAUCUAUAGUCGAUCAGGAUCCGUAUUGCUUGGAGCAGCACACAGAGAUGGUCGCAACGGUCACCUUUGAAACGCUACCUCCGCAGUUGGCAACUGCAACCAAUCUACCCAUUAAAGGGGAAGCGGAGUUUCGAGGUGAAUGGAUACUUGUCGAGUUGACAUUCGACAUCACCUUCCUUGGGUUCACACCACUCAACGAAGUUCAUUGUCCUCGUGACGAGAUCAUCGAUUGCAUUGUUGUUAGCGGUCUUGCAAGUCAUGCAUAUGGGUCCUGGAAGAGCAGGAAAGACCACUUCAUGUGGCUGAGAGACGAUGCAACAUGGCGCAAGCCAAACGUCCGGGUUAUGUUGUACGGAUAUGAUACGGCACUGGUGAACAGCGAGUCGUUUCAAACCAUUGAGAAUAUCGGUACUGAGCUGGGGGCUACUCUGUCACGAGUCCGCCGCAUGCUUCAGCAAGGGAAAGUUGAUUCGAGGCCUCGUCCCAUUGUGUUCAUCGCGCACAGCCUUGGCGGAUUGGUGGUGAAACAGGCAAUCUGCAAGAUGAGCUCGAGCAAGAAAGAGAAUCAGAGAAUAACGGCGUCGUGCAUUUAUGGCCUAAUAUUUUUUGGCGUCCCGAAUGCUGGUAUUCGUAUAGAACAUUGGCUUCCUAUGGUCAAAGGCCAGCCCAAUGAGGUUUUAGUCCGCGAUCUGCGCCCUGGUUCCGAGUACCUGCUCAACCUGCAAAGAAAUUUCGAGGCACAGUUCACUUAUCCAAAGUCGAAGAUCCUGUCGGUCUUCGAGACCAUGAGGACAAGAACAGCAAAAUUUGAAGGAGGACGCUGGCAGAUCACAGGUCCACACGAGAUCUUAGUGGAAGAGGCAUCGGCUACAAAACCCAUGGACAACGCUCCAGAAAGUAUAAGUCUCUGUACCAUGCAAAUGAAUCAGAACCACGCGGACCUCCCGAAAUUUGCGCACCGCCAUGAUCUGAACUACAUGAAUCUGGUCAUGGAGCUCGAGGGGUUUUGGCAUAAUGCUAUUGACGACGUGCGAUUAAGGGUCGAGCCGGAUACCAUCACAGGACCAUUGACUGUGUCGCCAGGAUCCAAAGACAAUGAUGACGAGAACGUGCUAGGAGGUUCCCCUUUUACCCGGAAGGGUUGCGACUCGUCAGACUGA